CGCACAGAUGUUCUGUUAUGACAAGUUUGUCGUCUGCUUUGUUUGUGAGUCGAAAUGGUAUAAUAACCGAAGGUGUUACGAUCCUUUGCGAGCUACUGCCUCGAACUCAAAAAAGAAAUUUGCGAGUUUCAUAUUUAUGCGUUUCCAGCUGUGUCUCAAAAUCGAGUGCAAAUCUAUCUAUCGAUAUGGAUGAGCCCGCUGUUUAUGUCGUGCUGUGCAAGGAGUCCGUGGAGGACUAUCAAGCGCCGGAUCAAACGGCAGCUGGCGUAACCGUCCCGCUCUCCAACGAAUGCAGCGUUUUUAGCUGUCCUACAUGCGGACAACAAUUCGCUAAGCGCCCUUACCUAGUUCGUCACAUCAAAACUACGCAUAACUUACUUGUCACGCCUGUAAAGCCGAAGGGCGAUCUCAUCGGAAAGUGUCCAUUUUGCUUGCGUCAUUUUCCAAAACGAAUCGACCUCUUGUUUCAUCUUGCCAAAGACCAUGAACAAGAAGAGGUGGUCAUCUUUAACAUGAGCUUCGAUGACUCGAAAAGCUUUAGCCGAUGGUUUGAAGAAGUAAAGAUGACAUAUCAAACUAGUUUCGCGUCGCACAGUGCGAAGGUUCUGCGGGAUGGUACUCGAACCAAAAUGUAUAACUGUAAUAGGGACGGCCAAGCAAAUGGACGAAAAACACGCAAAGUCUUUACCCGAGCAACAAGUGACUAUUGUACAGCGCAUCUAUUCGUACGAGAAAGUCCUUCGGGGAAAAUUUCCGUUCUGGGUAGUCCCACCCAUUUAAAUCACGAGGUAAAUGCUAGUCUUGUGACCAAACCUAACCUUCCAAUAACAUGCACGGCUAUGGGGUAUCGCCGAAUACUCGAUGAGACAAAAAGUGCAACUGAUCAAACAGCGAAAUUUGCGGAAGAAUUGCGAGUAUUAACAGAAAAGAUGAACAAUUUUUUGCACAUGAAACCCCAAGCGGAAGACACGCCACAGCGAAUUCACGGGCUCUUAGUAAAGAUGCAAAACCUCGUAAACUCUGUUAUCAUGUUGUAAAUAGGUUUAUUUUGAUUUAUGUACAUAUAGGAAUCACAACUGUUAGUCUAAUGUUCUUCCCUCCGUUUUUCUAUGGACGUCCGUUUGUCAUAGUUUACCUAACUUUGUGAACGUACAUUGUAUAAACGAAUCCAACGUAUGUGAUACUUUACUUUGAAUAAAGAUAUUAGUUAUAUUUUCAGAAAUUAUGCUUAGUCUUUAUUUAUUGAAAAUCGUUUAACAACCUGCCUUGGAUGUUUACACGUAGGCGAUUGUAAAUCGGUGAAAGCAGUGAGACAAAAGUCGUUCUGUUUUACAAGAGAACGAUCCUUUGUUCAACAUGGCAGGAGACAUUACUUCCGCAUUCGUUCAUUAUCUUGUAGAUCAGAACAAUCUCUUGCUUUGGUCUUUGCUUGGAAUAAAAGUGCAUAGAAGUGAAGCAACAUCAUGAGCUUGAACUGUGUUUAAUAUAAUACAUUGGGUUAC